AUGGCAGACGGAGCGAGUGAAGGAGGGCGCGACUUGGACCUGGAGAAGGAGUUGUCGUGUUCGAUCUGCACCGACGUCCUCUACCGGCCUCUGACGCUGCUCGACUGUUUGCACAGCUUUUGCGGAAGUUGUUUGAAAGAAUGGUUUGCAUGGCAGGCCUCAUCCAAGGGUCAUGUGUAUUCAUGCCCAGCAUGUCGAGCUGUCGUACGGGAUACCAGGCCGAAUGCAACCCUCAGCACGCUGCUCGACAUGUUUUUACAGGCCCACCCUGACAAAGGCAAGACGGCACAAGAGAAGCUGGAUAUGGACAAGACAUACAAGUCUGGAGACAACGUCAUACCGCCAGUAGACCUAGGUCAGGUAUCCGAAGACGAAGACGACGAGGAAGAGCAACAGAUGCUGGCUCAGGUGCGCGAGCUGAGUCUUAACGACGUGGGCCUCGGAAGUCGCUCUACUGCUGCUGAGCACCAGAGGCAGGCACACCGCUCUCGCCAUCGUGAUGACUCGCCUCGCUCAGCCCAGGUCGAUGCUCUUUCGCAUCAAUCUAGUAUACGCUCGCUCCUGAGCCAGUCUGACAUGGACCUGGGUGAUAUGGAAGAUGAGAUUAUGCGUCAUAUCAUUGACCAUGGCCUUCUGGACGGUGUCGAUCUCAACAAUCUGACUCCGGAACAGGAAGAUGCUAUCACUGAUUCCAUUGCACGAGCGUAUCGCUCUCGUCGCCGUCAAGACCGCCGUGAUCGUCAUCACAAUCGUGAUCGCUCUGCUGCUCAUCCCUCUCCAAGACCUUCGGCUCAUCAUCAUUCUCCUCACACCUCAUCACACAGGCACUCUCCUUCAUCAUCAGCCCACCGCCGGACUACAUCGACUACUACCACAUUUAGCCCUCGUGCCUCAACUCCAAUUGAAGCCCAGCCCUCCGCCACUAGGCGUCGUGCUGCUUCAGCUAGCCGCUCUCAUCGCAUUGACACCACAUCUGAACGACAUCGUCAUCUAGCGCCUGUGUCUGUUCCAAGGCCCUCGAAUCACAGCUCGCCUGCUUUACCUAUUCCUCCUCGACAAGAGUCAGUAACGGAAGCGCCCGCUCCUUCAAUCAACUGUUCGAGAUGCGAGAAGCCUAAUAUACAACACUCGCUUCAUUAUAACUGCGAGAGGUGCUCCGGAGGCAAUUUCAAUCUAUGUCUUGGAUGCUAUCUCACAGGAAAAGGCUGUCUCAAUUGGUUUGGGUUUGGUCGUACCGCAUGGACUCGGUACCGCCCUCACGCUGAACACGCAGACCAAGAUCCACCUCAUGUUUUAUCAGCCAGAAGAUAUGACAAGAACACUGCGUUUCUGGAGCAAGGUCUGUUUUGUGAUGGCUGUCAAGCUUUCGCGAAUGCUUGUUACUGGCACUGCAAUACAUGCAACGAUGGAGCCUGGGGCUACUGCAAUGUCUGUGUUCAACAAGGCAAACACUGCACCCAUCCACUGGCUUCUGUAGCGCACUCUGACUCUCAGGCACCAAAUCCCUCCCAGCGACACUCGCCAUCAGACCUAUACCCAGCACCACUGACACCCACCAAUACGGCCUUCCACUUUGCCGUCCCAUCAACAUCUAUGCCUCUGCUUCCACACGUACCAGACUCCUCCUCUUACAGCUCCAUAACCCUAACAUCUUACUGCGACAUCUGCCACUACUCCAUACCACCUUCGUACGCACGCUUCCACUGCAACACCUGCAACAAAGGCAACUACGACAUCUGCAAUUCGUGCUACCACUCCAUAGUCAACACCGGCAAGAUAUCACGAGAAAACGGACCUCAAGGCUGGCGUCGCUGCCUCCGUUCCCACCGCAUGAGUGUCAUCGGCCACGAAGACCGCGAACACGGUCCCCACCGUAUAGUCGUACAUGACAUGAUCGGCGGCUGGGCUCUCAAAGACACACCUCUCACCUCUUCCUCAACCUCCACAAACCAAAACCACUGGCGCUGGAAAGAAAACGACGGCAGCACUGCAAAAACAUCCUCUGCGGCUUCUUCAUCGUCAUCGAAAGUCUCCUCUGCAAACGCCUUUCCACCAUCCGGAGGUAUAGGCCUGACAGUCCAAGCACUAUGGUCUUAUUUCCCCGGCGACGGCGUCAAAGAUGAAUUGAGUUUUCCUCGCCAUGCGAUCAUCACAGAGGUGGAAAACAUCAACGGGGAUUGGUUUUGGGGUGUUUAUUGCGGAGAAAAGGGACUGUUUCCUGGUAACUACGUUAGGGUCAUCUGA